GAGGUUGACCUAGAUGGGUCGAAUUAGCUUAUUGUGUACUUCUCCUUGUCGAAUUAGGAGUUUGCGUACUUCUCUUUGUCUAAUUAGGAUUUUAUGUAUCAUUCACUAAUUGGGAUAAGUGUUCCCCAUGAUAGUAAGGAUAUGGAAUUCGUCUAUACUCUCCAUAAAUAGAUGGAAGUGAUAAGACUUUCAUCAUACUUCGUUUCAUGCAAUUUGUUGAUGUGAGACUGUAAUCUAAUUGCUCUUAUUGUGAUCAUGUGUUGGUGGUUGUUUGGUCUUAAUCUGGUGGACCUUCUAAAUAAGUGGCCGACCUGAUUUGCUAAGGUAUAGUUUCAACAGUCAUGUGUGCUUGUUUACGGUGACUGGAUCUUAUGGAUGGUGACAUUGGUGAAUGGUGUUUCGACUUGUUUGAGGCAAUGUUUCUCCAAAGAGGUGAUCAAUGAUAUAUAUACCAUUCCUUUGCCUCGUUUACCAGUGGCUGACAGGUUAGUGUGGGGAGAGGAGCACUCAGUUGUUUAUUCCGUUGAAUCGGGGUAUCAUUUGGCAGUGCGGUUAAGCAGGGGGCGACCAGGCUAGAAGGAGGUGUCUUUUUUUUUAUUUUUCUUUCUGUAAGAAGGUACGGGGCUUUCAUAUCCCUCCAAAGUUUACAUUAUUUGCUUGACAAGCUAUGCGGAGGAUUUCUACCUACGACGGAGGCGAUCAUUGAGAAGGGUGGUAAUUGCGCUCUGGGGUGCCCGGUUUGCUGGGUGGGUUUGGAAACUAUGAAACGUUUGUUUCUUGAUUGUCGUGUAGCAGCAAGAUUAUGGGAGCAAUCGGGUCUUGGUCUUCCAAGACCAGCGGACCGGCCUAUUAAUUUUGCCCUUUUCCGGCGAUUUAUUGAGAGUGAUGAUAGUCUGGAGUGGAUAAUUCUGUUUGUGGCGGUGUUGUGGCGUAUUUGAAAAUCACGUAAUUGGGCUGCUUUUGAUCAUUUCCAAUAUGAUAUCCGAGUUCUUGUGCGUCAAUACGAGGAGCAAUUGCCAAAGGCGCCGAAUGUACCUGCGACUCGAACGAUCAAGUUGGAGGUUUGCAAGAUCCAUUCCUGGUGGAGUUAGUGGCGUUUCAGGAUGCUAUUCGGUAGUGCUCUUUGAGGGGUUUCACCGAUGUUACGUUCAAGGGAGAUGCGAAGACCGUCAUUGACAAGAUUGGGGAAGUGGAUUUGAAGGAUGCUCGUGGUGAACAGAUUCUUGAGGAAAUUCGGCUUCUUCGUCGGCAGUAUCGAGCUUCAGCAAUGGAGUUUAUAGGCGGGACUAACAAUUGGGUGGUCCAUGAGGUGGCGAGGAAGGCUAUUUCUUUGCUUCCUGCUAGUGUGGUGAGUUUUGAUUUUAGACAUUGGUUUUGGUUUGGUGUAUAGACGAUGUUAUCUAUGUUUUCUUGGUAAUGCAAGUUUUCUUGGUAAUGCAAGUGAGCUAUUGACACACAAAAAAAAACUAUUAUCACAUUGAUAAACAAUUAAGUAUAUGAUCUAUAAUGUAAAAAGCUUACGUUUGAGAUAGUUUGAGUGACGUUAUUGAGAUAGGAUAACUUAUGAUAUGUUCCUAAAUAUAUUGUAUGUGUUUUGCUUUAAUAAAUGUGUAUGUUCCUA